CCAGUAACUAUAGUUGCUCCUCACGCAGCAUGGCGCGCCGUCCACGUAACAGCAGAGCCUGGCGUUUUGUUCUUAGUGGUGUGCGAAGGGAUCAGGAUGGCCGCUCUCCAGCCUUACAUGCAGAGGAAGAAGCAUGGGGGUAUGACUCUGAUGGGCAGCACAGCAACAGUGACUCUGACACAGACCUGCUGACCUUGCCACCCUCCAUCCCCAGUGCUGUACCUGUGACGGGAGAGUCGUACUGUGAUUGUGACAGUCAGAAUGAUCCCUAUUGCUCCAGCCUGCACCCCUUCCGUCAGAUCAAGAGCUGCCAGUGCGGAGAGGAAGACAACUACUUUGACUGGGUGUGGGAUGAUUGCAGUAAAUCCACAGCUACCGUGCUGAGUUGUGACGAUCGUAAGGUCAGUUUCCACAUGGAAUACAGCUGCGGGACGGCGGCUAUACGAGGCAACAAAAUGCUCACUGAGGGACAGCACUUCUGGGAGAUCAAGAUGACAUCCCCAGUCUAUGGCACAGAUAUGAUGGUCGGCAUUGGGACUUCAGAUGUAAACCUAGAUAAAUAUCGUCACACAUUUUGCAGUCUUUUGGGCAAAGAUGCAGAGAGCUGGGGACUCUCUUACACAGGACUUCUCCAGCACAAAGGUGACAAAAGCAACUUCUCCUCACGCUUUGGCCAAGGCUCCAUCAUUGGAGUACACCUGGACACGUGGCACGGAGUGUUAACAUUCUAUAAAAACAGGAAGCGCAUUGGUGUUGCUGCCACACAACUGAGGAACAAAAAGCUCUUCCCUUUGGUUUGUUCAACAGCAGCUAAGAGCAGUAUGAAGGUGAUUCGCUCCUGCUGCUGCAGAACCUCACUCCAGUACCUCUGCUGCGCCCGUCUGCGCCAGCUGCUUCCAGGCUCCGUGGACUCUCUGGAGGUCCUUCCCCUUCCUCCUGGUCUCAAACAAGUGCUGAGUAAUAAGCUGGGAUGGGUCCUGCAAAUGGGUUCAAAUCGAUCCAGCCAACACAAAGGCGACGGCUCAGCGACCACCUCCUGUGGGAGCUACUCUGACAGCAGCUGCACCCCCGGACACGACAACUGUCAGCGCAAGCGAUGUCGCAGGAUUUAAGCGAGAAGCAGGGAGUACUGUCACGACGUUCUCUCCGUCUCGCCGAACAUCUCACUGUGAACAUUUUCAUGGACAAAAGAAAGUUGAAUCCUUUGUACCUCAUUACCUGGGAGUCAAAUCAAGACAAUGGAAAAACAGUUAAUGGGUUGCCAUUUCACUGAUUUGCUAUUCUUGGAAUGACUAAGAUUAAUGGUGCUUAAGUAUUUCUGGUUACCCAAAGUAUGGUCCCAGCUGACGAUUUAAGAGGCGACCGUCAAGUAAUAACGAUUGUGAUGCACAGAACUGACACUCAUUCUGAACUGUAGGGCAAGCAACGGUUCCCUUUUGUGGUUUGCCUACAAACCAUUAAACUGACAACUCAAAACGGGUGGAAUUGUUCUUGGAGGACUGAACUAAGCAAACAUACAUGUGAAUAAUACCUGAUGGAAUCACUGAAACGGAUUUCAAGUACCCACCACGGUUUUUAUUUUGUUCAACAGUUAUCCUUUGAUGUGCUUCAUUUGCGCCCAGCUCCAUAGAGGAAACCUGCAUCAAGCCUCUGUCUUGCAACAAUGUAAUGGAAUGUAUUCUUAAUAGAACUGUACUAUAGGGGAAACUGGCUUGGACACAGCCCAUUGGUGGGGAAUAACCCUCCUUUAUAGCAUGGUGUAGGAGCCUAUGCCACUUAUGCAUAUUUAUGUACAUGCAUUAACCCCACAAGAUACUGUGCUUAUGCUCCAUUCAAUAAAGGAUCGGUUCAUUCUCUA